CUGGCAAAGCAAAGGGCGCCGGCAAAUUGUGAAGGCCCGCAUGGUUAGAGCACCGACAAUAGCAAAGAGCAAUGAGCAAAGAGAAUGAAAUCGAUCCCCAAUUUUGAUUACUAAGUAGGAGGAGGAAGCAAAGGGAGCGGGAGGAGACUACUGCAAGGCCGAUUGUCGCCGCCACGUCGUGAGCAAGCCAGGCCAGCCGCCCGCUUAAUAUCAGCAAAGGGGCUUGACAGAGGUUGUAUAGGGUCGGCAAGACUGUGGAAGAAGAGGCAGCUAUGGGAGAGCAGAGAAAGAUGUCUAAGGAAAAGAAAAAAUGUGUGGCCAAUCUUUCAGAAGAGUUGAGUGACUAUGGUGGUGCAGCAUUUAAUGAGGGGAAUGGUGGUUGUAAACCAAGAAAAGAGAAUAAGAGAAAGAAGAGGGAUGAGAGGGAAGGUGAGGUUUCUAUUGGCCUUGGACUUGAUGAUACAUGUGAUGAACAUAUAAAUGUAGAAAGUUUUGCAGAAGUGGAUGAAUACCAUCCAAAAGAGGAAAGGAAGAAGAAGAAGAAGAAGAAAAAGAGAAAAUUAGAUAUUGUUGACAAUAAUGCACAGUUGGACAAUGAAACUGAUAUGGGAGGAGAGGAGAGGAGGAUCUUGGAAAAAGAUAAUAAUGAAGUUCUUAUGAGUGGCGAUGACAUCAAAGCAACAAAAAAGAAGAAGAAUAGGCUCAAGGCAGACAGAGCGAAAGAUAAUAAAUAUACUUCCUCCUCAAUGAGGGUCCCCAACGAGAAAGAUGCAGAAAAGGUUGGGGAAGUUAAGGAGCAGAAAACUGCAGGUGCAGAAAAGCUUGGUAAAAUGGGGGAUGAUGUGGAGGUUAGUGAUACUGCCAAAAAGAAGACCAGUAGAAAGAAGAGAAAGAACAGAGAUGAUGUGGGUGAAGGAAUGCAACAAGUGAUGGCUGAGGAAUUGGGAAACCACAACCUUGCAAUUGAAGGUGGCAAACUUAAUACUCUCACAACUAGAGGCAAGAUACAGGAUGCAAAGAUGAAAAAGAGUAGCCGAGCCAAUAUGAAGAAGUCAAAAUCUGUUGAAACUAUUUUGGAAGAUCCUAAACCUAAAAGGAGGUCCAAAAAAGUUAGUUUUUCUGGUCAUAUAGAGGUUUUCCCUUUAUCUGAUGAUCCAAAUGAGGGGAUGGAAAAGAACCAAGAAGAGGAAUUAGUGCAAGGUAAGCGAUUUUCACCUGAAGAAGAUGCCCUGGUCAAAGAUGCUGUCUUUAACUAUAUACGGGUUCAUGGCUUGGGUAAAGAGGGUUUGAAUAUGGUUAUGAAUUGCAAGGCUCACCCGGAAUUAAAAGGCUGUUGGAAGGAAAUUGGAGCUGUUUUGCCUCAUAGGCCUUACACAGCUAUAUAUUACCGAGCUCAUACAUUGUUCGAGAGGGCUGAGAGCCGUUCCUGGACUGCUGAAGAGCUUGAAAUUAUAAAAGAGUAUUAUGAUAAACAUGGACCUAAGUGGAAGAAGUUAGCUGGUGUACUUGGGAAGCACAGGGUUCACUUAAAAGAUGCUUGGCGCAGAAUAAAACUACCUAAUGCUAAUAGGGGACGUUGGUCUCAAGAUGAGUAUCAAAAUUUAUUUGAUUUAGUGAACUUAGAUUUAAGAAUGAAGGUGUUUGAGGAGAGGAAGUCAAAAUAUGGCAUGUUGAGAGAUAACAUCAGCUGGAGUGCAGUUAGUGACAAGUUAUCAACUCGAACUGUUGCAGUCUGCUGUAUGAAAUGGUACAAGCAGUUAACAUCACCUAUGGUGGCCGAAGGAAAGUGGGCUGAUACUGAUGAUUAUCGUCUGCUUCAUGCACUAUAUAGCUUGGAUGCUUGCUGCAUAGAGGAUGUUGAUUGGGACAAUCUUCUUGACCAUCGGUCAGGAGAUGUAUGCCUGAAGCGCUGGAACCAAAUGAUCCGUCACAUAGGUGAAUAUGGGAACAAGUCAUUUGCCGAACAAGUUGAAAUUCUCUCAGAGCGAUAUUGCCCUGAUGAGCUUGAAGCAAGAGAGGCCUGGGAUAGAAAACCUGUUGUUCCCUGACUUCAAUAACUAUCUGGUGCGGUUCAAUAUAUGCUGGAGUUGUGGCGGCUUUUUGUACUCGCAAAACUCCCUCUAAUGUUUCUGUUCCAUUCUGCUUAAUAGUUUCUGAGAGAUUUUGUACCCUGGCCAACAGGAAACGUGAUGUACCUCAUCUUGGUAACUUAUUUUCCUUAAUUUAUACUGCAGCUGAAUAUGUGCGUGGUUUAAUUCCAGUGUCCCCCCAAAAAUGAAACGUAUUAAUUGAACUUAUGUAUUACGUCCUUUGAGCUAUGGUACAUGUUUUGACA